AUGUGGUGUACCCGUUGGUUUCUGCCGCUUUUACUUCUGCCUUUGCCCACUGCGCCGCCGUACUUUCUCAUUCUCUUCCUCUUCUCAUUAACUAUGCAUGCAAAGCCAUGCUUUUAUUGCAUUGUGCUGCUGACCACCCUCUUCAUAUCGUCAUGCUACUGGCAGCCUUUCCCGCUUGACAGUCCAUUGGCCACGCCUUGGUCCGAAAACAUCACAACUUUUGCAGAAGCUCUUAAUGCAACGCUUAUGCCCAACCACUCGCAGCCGUUACCGAAUGUGAUACGUGCUGCAGAUCGGUGUUGGUGUGAUUUCUCCGCAGGUGGAUUGUUUGAGCCGUUUAAUAUAUCGCGCUGGGAACACGUCAGCGUUGAGCGCUUGAGGGAACAACUGGAACGACAGGAAGUGCAAGCGGUUCCUACACCCACUGAGUCGGAGUCAAGAACUGAGAUGCCACGGACGGCAACUCCUACGACAACGAAUGGGUUCUGGCCACAGUGGCGGACGAGGAUGGUUGAAAACGAGACGGAGACGCAGCAGGAAACUAUGGAGUAUCGCACAGAGUAUAUGCGCAAAGAGUAUGAUUUGCGACCAUUUGGACUGGGUUUGAUUGUAGAUGUUGGAUGGUCAUAA